AUAUAUGUAUGCUGAGAGUUCUGCACUAGAGAUACAUUCCUUGUGUGUCCAACCACGCUUGUCCAAUAAAGAAUUAUUCGGUUCUGUUUGGAAAUGAAGCCUCUGGCUGGAGGGUCAGGCUGGGUAGAAGCCUGAAAAUAAGGAUCCAAAUUCCUGCGUGGAGAAAUUGUUGCUCUUCAAGCAAAGCUAAACAGCAAGUGCUGCCCCCCAGGUUUUCCUGUUUUGAAGCGCUGAUCCUUGCAGCAUGGCUUCUUCUAAGCCUAUUGGCAAGUUCUGGGAAUGGGGCAAAAACAUCUUCUGUGUGGGGAGGAAUUACGCAGCCCACGCCAAGGAGAUGAAGAAUGCCCUCCCCACCGAGCCGCUCUUCUUCCUGAAGCCCUCCUCGGCCUACGUCAGGGAAGGCAGCCCCAUCCUCCAGCCCUACUAUUGUGAGAAGCUGCACCACGAAGUGGAACUGGGCGUGGUGAUUGGGAAGAGAGCCCAGGCCGUGCCUCAGGAAGCAGCCAUGGGCCACGUGGCCGGCUACGCGCUCUGCCUGGACAUGACAGCCAGGGACGUCCAGGAAAAGUGCAAGAAGGAAGGCCUCCCCUGGACUCUGGCCAAAGGAUUCAGCACCUCCUGUCCAGUGAGCGACUUUGUGCCCAAGGAGAAAGUCCCAGAUCCACAUCAGCUGAAGAUCUGGCUAAAGGUAAACGGAGAGUUGCGCCAAGAAGGGAACACAUCUGACAUGACUUUCACCAUCCCGUACAUCAUCAGCUACAUCAGCGGCAUCGUCGCCCUGGAGGAAGGGGACAUCAUCUUAACGGGUUCCCCUGAAGGAGUUUCUGCUCUGAGAGAGAAGGAUGAAAUAGAAGCCGGCAUUGAGGGGCUGCUGAGAAUGCACUUUCGGGUAGCGCGGCAGAAAAGCCGCCCCUGAUUUGUGGAAGUCGAUGAUGAUGAAGAUGAAAAACACCUUGGGGACUUUUGUCCGGAAGAAAAAAAGAGGGCCAGAUUCCUUCCCCACCCCCCCAGCCCACCC